CAUCAUUGCCCACUCAGAAUUUUCUUCUUGAUUGUAUUGUAGGUGAUCCUAAGAUGGCUGCUGAGUUGCAAGAAAUAUACGGUGAUGUCAAUGCUGUUGACCUUUACGUGGGCUUCUUCAUUGAGAAGGGCUUGACCACUUCUCCUUUUGGCAUCACCAUGAUUGCUUUUGGUGCCCCCUAUUCCCUACGAGGAUUGCUCUCCAAUCCUGUAUCUAGUCCAACUUACUGGAAGCCAUCAACAUUUGGUGGAGAUGUUGGCUUUGAUAUAGUGAAGACAGCUAGCCUUGAGAAGCUGUUUUGUCAAAAUAUUUCUGGCAAGUGCCCUCUUGUAACCUUCACAGUGCCCGACAACAUUGCUCGUGAAACUAGAAAGGUCCUUGCAGAAAACACAAAAGAUGAACUUUAGGCAUUUUUGGAUUUUAGUGUGUUUAGAUUUUUAGAUUUCUUCAAUUGUGGUUUUGUAGAGUGUUAGUUUUAAUUACAUUACCCUAAUUGGUCC